UUGGGGCGGGUGGGUGGUUGGCGUCGCGGCGCGCACCGAUUUGCGCCCGGGCCGCCGUUUCGCACAGUGCAGCUGGAGCGUCGCUGGCUGUCGGGCCGUCGCGUCGCUUCCCAUUGUCACGGUUUGAGGUUAGGAAGCAGUCUGAUGAUGGACUCAACUGGUGCGCGAGGCAGUAGACGGAGAAUGUGAUGUUGCCGCUGGGCAUGCUGCUGAGCUGCGUGUUUGUCGGCAACGGCGCGCUGGAGGGCGGGGGCGUGGCCAGUGCGCAGGAUUUGGACCAAUACGCCGUCACCUGUUACAUCUGCGUCAACGUGUCCGAUAACGUCAUCUGCAACCAGUUUGCCAUUGACCGGCCCUGCCAACCAGGCGAAACGUUUUGCCACACGCUGCACAUCAUGGACGCCAGAGGGGGUAGCGUCCUGGUGAAUAAAAAGUGCACUGGUGACCACGAGUGCCAACGCAACCGCGUGGGAUGCGUGAAAAUCGACGCGCAGACGAUGUGCAUCUCUUGCUGCGACCGGAACUACUGCAACGCGCACGUGCCAGUCAACAGCUCCACGGCCGUCUUCGACGACCAGAUCAGCCGGAUGCGCAUGAACGCCAAGAACCUGUUCAGGGAGCGGGGGAAGGCCCUGACGACCACGGUGCGCCAGUCCCGAGGGGCGUGGCCUAGGGGGCGGGGCCUGUGGCUUCCGGUCGCCGCCCUCUGGUGGGCGUUUCGCUAGUGCGUC